AUGGGCAUUGCCGGCGAGUCUUCGGAGAACUCGCAACGCCGCGAGAGGGCUGCUAUUGCAGCGCAAGCCUGCCAGACAUGCCGUAAUCGCAAGAGCAAAUGCGACGAGCAGCGACCAAAGUGCGGACUCUGCACCCGCCUAAACGUCGAGUGUCAAUACCGUGAGCCUAUGCCAACCAAGAAGGACAAGACCAUGGUCCACAUUCUCGACACGCUGACCCGCCUGGAGAAUAAGUUCGACACCCUAGCCUUGACUCCGAACUCGGUAUCACCAGAUAUUCGUAGCUUCACCAAAUCAACCGCGAAUCCUUCUCCAUCCAGUUCCUCCGCUGCGAAAGGCAGCUCGCAUGGGGAGAGUAACCCCGUGGAAUUUCCCAGAGAGCUUCAGCAGACCUAUGUCCAUCUGACGGUCCCUCACAAGAUCAUUUUGUGGCCCAGCAUCUACAUCCAUCUGAUCAACUCCGGAAUCCAAGCAACCAGCGACCUUCAAUAUGUGCUUCAAGAGGGCACGCCCUGGUUCAUCCGCCAGGAGAUGGCAAAGCAUCCGCAGUCUCUGCCUUACGAUGUUUCACUUCCAUACUUCGCUCUGAACUCGAACAUGCGAGAGCAAGGCUUCGCUUCAAACGUCGCCUUUCCGACCUUGACCAUUCAGCAAAUCCGCGAGCAGUGCGAUGCGUACUUCAACACCUUCAAUGUCCUGUUCCCAGUCUUGGACAGAGACAAUUUCAUGAACAACACCGUUGCGCCGUUGCUGAGGGAUGGCUACAGUGAUGGUGAUGUUCACGCUGUGCUGGCAUUGCUUGUGUUCGCCCUUGGCCAAGUCGCCAUCGAAGGCGUCUUCGAACGGCCUAUCAAUCUGAUCGACGGCCAGCCUAGUGGUUUCAGAGGAGGAAGUAUUGACCGGCCGCCAGGGCUAGCCAUCUUCAACGAGGCACGACGGCGCAUCGGCUUCAUCCAGACACAGACUAGCCUCGAGAACGUGCAGAUCCUCCUCUUGGAAGCGACGUACUACGAGUCCACCGCAAGACAUUUGGAUUUCUGGCGCUCGACCGUGGCGGCUUCGAUGGCCUGUCAGGUCUUGAUCAAAUGCCGGCCUAUUGAUUGGGGUACCGCAGAAGGUGAUCUGAUCAAGCGCGCUUAUUGGAGCUGCAUCCUCAGCGAGGACUUCUAUCAUCUGGACCUCGAUUUGCCGCGCACGGGAAUCGUGGGCUUUGAGGAUCAGGUGCCCUUGCCGUACUUUCAUGAUGGACAUGAAGCGCCAUCCGGUCCAUUCAACGAAGAGCGAUCGCAUUUUCAGUACCACUUCCUCGCGAUGAUAGCUUUGCGGCGGCUGAUCGCCAGGAUCAAUACUGUGAUACAUGAAGCAACAUCCGAAAUGGAGCCCACCGAAAGCUACGGUGGACCUCCCGUCCACGUCAUCCGCGAGCUAGCACGCCAACUCGACUCCUGGCGCUCACUGCUCCCCCGCCCCCUGCAAUGGACCGACAACGACAGAUUCGACUUCCCCACUACCGCACCCACGAACCGCCGCCCCAACGAGCCGCUCUUCUCCCGCGACCAAGGCCACGUCCCAAUCGGCCACAAAUACAACCUCGACGUCGUCACCGCCCAGCUCCGCACCCGCUUCUACUACGCCCGCUUCAUGAUGUACCGCCCCUUUGUCUACAAAGCCCUGCACUUCCCCGAACUCAUGACGUCCGACGACGACGACUGCUGCGCCCUCGCCAUCAAAUCCGCAUGCUUGUGGACCGUCGCGAUGGCCCCGCCGAAGAACAAGAAGCGUCUCGUCCCCCAUCUGUUCGCGUGGACGCAGAAUUUCGUCGGGAUCUUGUUGCUGCUGCGCAUGACGACCGAGAACGAUUGUCUCAAGCGGAUCUGCGAGAGUCAGGUGAAUUACGACGAUAUCCAGACGAGUGCGAGCUUGAUGCUGGAUUGGGUCAAGGAUGUGAAGCAGUUGGAUGGGAUCGCGGAUUGGAGUUGGAGGAUUUUGGAGCCGCUGUAUUCGCCUGGGCGCAUGUUUUAG